AUGGGGACUGCGGCGGCGGCUGCGGCUGCCGGGGAGGGGGCGCGCGGCCCGAGCCCCGCCGCUGUGUCGCUCGGCCUGGGCGUGGCUGUGGUGUCGAGCCUAGUGAACGGGUCCACGUUCGUGCUGCAGAAGAAGGGCAUUGUGCGCGCUAAAAGGCGAGGUACUUCCUACUUAACAGACAUUGUAUGGUGGGCUGGCACAAUUGCAAUGGCUGUUGGCCAGAUUGGAAACUUCCUAGCUUACACUGCGGUCCCUACGGUCCUGGUGACUCCCUUGGGUGCCCUUGGAGUACCAUUUGGGUCCAUUUUAGCUUCUUAUCUUCUGAAGGAAAAACUCAACAUCUUGGGCAAGUUGGGGUGUCUGCUAAGCUGUGCGGGUUCUGUCGUGCUGAUUAUCCAUUCCCCAAAGUCUGAGAGUGUGACAACUCAGGCUGAGUUGGAGGAGAAGCUGACCAAUCCAGUGUUCGUGGGCUACCUAUGCAUUGUGCUGCUUAUGCUGCUGCUGUUGAUCUUUUGGAUUGCCCCAGCCCACGGGCCCACCAACAUCAUGGUCUACAUCAGCAUCUGCUCCUUGCUGGGGAGUUUCACUGUGCCUUCUACCAAGGGCAUUGGGCUGGCAGCCCAAGACAUCUUGCACAACAAUCCGUCCAGUCAGAGAGCCCUCUGCCUGUGCCUGGUGCUCCUGGCUGUCCUGGGCUGUAGCAUCAUCGUCCAAUUCAGGUACAUCAACAAGGCCCUGGAGUGCUUCGACUCCUCUGUGUUUGGGGCCAUCUACUACGUCGUGUUUACCACGCUGGUCCUGCUGGCUUCAGCUAUCCUCUUCCGGGAGUGGAGCAAUGUGGGCCUGGUGGACUUCUUGGGCAUGGCCUGUGGAUUUACAACUGUUUCUGUGGGAAUUGUCCUUAUACAAGUAUUCAAAGAAUUCAACUUCAACCUUGGGGAGAUGAACAAAUCCAAUAUGAAAACGGACUGAGAUGCAAGCAAGGGGUGGGGGCUUGAGGAAUAGGCAUUGGAGGGGUUCUGUGGUUCUUACUAGAUGUCAAGUAGAAGAGACUGUUGGUGAGAGUUGCCUAUGUACUAAUAACCUAGUGGACAGCAGGGAGCCUGACUUUGCACCAGGGUGGAGUCCAGACCUCUGCAUCACAGAG